CCAAUGUCAGCUCAUGAUGAAAUCCUGAAAUUAUCCGAGAUAAUCUCACCAAUAACACUUUUCAUUCAGAUUCUGAAGAAUACCCUUAGAAAUCAAUGAAAUAUAUCGAUUAUCUUUUCAAAAAUAAGUCACGAUUAUUAUUAUUAUUAUUUUUAUCGUCACAUGAAUGAUUUUGUCUAAUAAUGGUGAAUGAUGAAUAAAUUCGUUAAAAAAUAUUUCUAGAGUAUAAUUAUUAACCAUUAUCAUAAAAAUAGUUUCGUCUCCAUUAUACCUGUUCACACUUUGGAUCUAUAUAUUAGACCAGUAUUUGAAAGUAAAAUCUGCUUCUAAAGACAAAGUUGAUUAAAAAAUAUAUUAACUGUUAUUAUCACAUGGAUGCGGAUAAAGGAUUCUGUACACCGCUUACUGUAAAAAGUAAACGCUUAGUGAAAACAUUUGAACCAUCAAACAUACAACCAUCUUCACAGAAUAGCUCAGGUGUGUCAGGGAGAAAUCCCAACUACACAUCAGAAUCACCCACUCAUUAUAUUACUCCUGAUGAGAAGGAGAAUCCUGCCCCCCUCUCAAGACCGGAAGAAUCACAAAAUUCCUCAAAAUUUACCAAUAAUCAUAAGUGUUCACCAGGAAAUCAACAUAAAAUAAAUCAGAAUUAUUCAGAUCAUCCUAAGCAAACUUCCACUGUUUACCUGAAUUCUCCAACAACUGAAAACUCUUUACAUUCACCAUGGCCAUUUCUAGAAGUUGAUCAGUUAGCCCGAAUGAUAAUUCGCAUGAAGAGGAAGAUUAGUAAAACAUCAGUUUCAACUUCCAAGACAAUGUACACCUCUUCAUCUUCGUCUUCAUCCUCAUCGUCGUCAUCAUUAUCAGAGUUUACGGCAUCCGAUGAAGAACAACUAGCUAGUACUAUGAUGACUGACAUAACAAACCACUGUACACAACAGCCAGGAUACAAACGUAAAUUGAACAAUCGGAAGAAAAGCAUCCCUUCACAUAAAAUGAAAACAGCUCGUAAACGUUUAAUUAUAGUUGACUGUCGUUAUCCAUAUGAAUAUGAUGCUGGUCAUAUACGUGGCGCCAUCAACUUAUCCGACUGGCCAAAUCUUUGUCAAUAUUUUUUUGGAACAAAUCACCUGACUCAAGAUUGCAAAACAAGUUUACACAAUAGUCUUUCAUUACCCUUAAAGAAAUACUACAUAAAGCCUAAACCAUCACGAACUAUAUUUGUAUUACACUGUGAAUUUUCUUCUAAACGUGCCCCGGAAUUAUUUCAUCUACUGCGUAAUCAUGAUCGAGCUCUGAAUUUCUCUUCCUAUCCUGCUUUAAGAUAUCCACAGGUAUAUAUAUUACGUGGUGGAUAUGCAGCAUUUUUCAGAGAUUAUCCUGAACUAUGCGAACCUCCGGGUUAUUUGCAAAUGUGUGGAAGACCAGAACUUUCAAGUAUUUGGCGAAAACACUGUAUCAGGGUGAAUCGGAAUUCUAUGAACUGCCUGGCACAGUUAGAUAAAGAUAAGACACUCAACACAAGUGACAGAAGUGACGACAAAGCUUCUUCCCUGAGUUGUGUCAGACUUUUAUUUUGAAAAUUUUGUACAGAAUACAUUUUCAACCUGCGCUACAUUCAACAUCCAAUGCCUGAUUUCUUUUUUUUAGCAAUAUGUGAUGAUUUUUGAAGAAUUUUUUAACGAUUACAAUUUAUUUUGAUAAUGAACAAUUAUUUAAACAAAAGAUUUAAAUCCAAAAAUGAAGUGCAAUAUCUACUUACUACUUAUUUACUUAUCAAACCCUAAUCUAAUUUUAUACAAAUUUUAGCAUAUUUUCCUUCAUCUAAAUAUGUAAAUCUCCUAUUUUAUAUCUGACGAGUAAAUCUAAAAUGUCUGUGAUCCUUUCUAUUCAACUAUUAUUCAUGAUUUUACCAAGGAUUUUAACUCUAAAAAAAACUGAGAUUAUAGUGAAUAUUUCAUUUGGUUGAGAGAAAAAUCCUUCAACCUUGAACAAUUUAUUUUGUUUUAGUUUACUAAUGAUCGGUACUUUCAUUUCAUCUUUCUUUUUAAAUAAUCUAUUAUUUGAUUCAUUGAAAGAUAAAUGCAAACAACAAAAAUCAACACCAAAGAAAUGGUCAAGACAACUGAAUUCUCCAAUAUAUACAUAUUUACUUUUAUUUACUGUCAACAAAAUACGUCUUCAACUCUGAAGACUGCCAAUAGGACAAGCGGUACCCCAUUGGGCCAUGUCGUUGACAUUGUCACUGAUAGGCACUUGGUAUCAUGCAACGAAUUUUCUAAAGAAAUUUUGUCAGACUGUGAGCACCCACUCUACCCGCAACUCCAAGCUUGUGUUUCCUCAGGUAAAACAAGAAGUCUUUUCAGAAGAAUUUACGCACGUACGUCUAAGUAUAAAAAAUUUCACUAUACCAUACUUCAUGGCACGUACUCUGUCUGAUGAAAAUGGUGUCAGGCAUGAACUAACUAACCUUCUUCGCACUACUAAAUAAACCAUUUCUUCCACCCUUACAGUACCAAACUUGAUUGUUAUCGUAUUUCUUAAAUUUAUAAUCCUCUCAAUUUUUUGUUUUUAUUUAUUUAUUUUUCAUAAGUGUGAACAUCGUUUAAGCUAUGUUACCACUGUUAAUCUUGUAUUUCCCCUCAC